AUGAAACUCAUCGCUCAUCACAUCCCUGGCCACCCGGUAAAUGGUAAAGGUCCACCACCAGUCGAGCAACUGAAGAAGCUGCAACUAAAGUUUGCGCCAGCAGACGCUUCAGCACCUCCAGUUCAUCCACGUCUGGCACAAAUGUCGGCAGGAGACUUGCUUUCGCCCGGAAAGCUUGUGUCACCAAUGCCUCAGGGUUCCUCUAGGCCCACUCCAUCUCCGCAUAACGUAAGGACUCCGUUGCAGCCGGAGGGUACUGAUGUGGGCGGUAUGAAUCACUACACUACAAAGCCCACGGUUUCCCUUUCCCUCCCGCUUGAAGUCUACUGUGCUCCGUCAACAACUUAUAUUCCCUACCGAGUCACAAGUCCAAAUGACACCUCUGGUAAAAAAUUACCAACAUCGUAA